CACAGAUAAGGGGUUUUUCUAUCCGAGAGUCCUGAGAGAGGAAGUGGAGCCCCCGCACUCAAGACAAAGGCCAGGGCUGCAACCAGCCUGCCGAGGCUACAGCCAGAUGCCCUGGAUCAGCGACCACGUGGCGAGGUUAGAUCCCGAAACCUUCUACUUCCAGUUUCACAACCUACUCUAUGCCUAUGGGCGGAACUGCUCCUACAUCUGCUACCGGGUGGAAAGAUGGAAACACCGCUCACCUGUCUCCUUCGACUGGGGGGUCUUUCAUAACCAGGUCUAUGCUGGGACUCACUGCCACAGCGAACGCCGCUUCCUGUCUUGGUUCUGCGCCAAGAAGCUGCGCCCUGACGAGUGUUACCACAUCACCUGGUUCAUGUCGUGGAGCCCCUGCAUGAAGUGCGCGGAGCUGGUGGCGGGCUUCCUGGGGAUGUACCAGAAUGUGACGCUGAGCAUCUUCGCCGCCCGCCUCUACUACUUCCAGAAACCACAGUACAGGAAGGGGCUGCUCGGGUUGAGCGACCAGGGAGCCCAUGUGGAUGUUAUGUCCUACCGAGAAUUCAAAUACUGUUGGAAAAAGUUUGUGUACAGUCAGAGGAGGCCCUUCAGGCCUUGGAAGAAACUGAAGAGAAAUUAUCAGCUGCUGGUUGCAGAGCUUGAGGACAUUCUCGGAAACACAAUGAAUCUGCUAAGAGAAACUCUAUUCAAGCAGCAGUUUGGCAACCAGCCCCGGGUCCCACCACCUUACUACCGGAGGAAGACCUACCUGUGCUACCAGCUGAAGCAGCUUGACGACUUGACGCUUGACAAAGGCUGCUUCCGAAACAAGAAGCAGCGCCAUGCAGAAAUUCGCUUUAUUGACAAGAUCAACUCACUGAAUCUGAACCCGAGCCAGAGCUACAAAAUCAUCUGCUAUACCACAUGGAGCCCUUGCCCGAACUGUGCCAGUGAACUGGUCGAUUUCAUCACCAGGAAUGACCACCUGAACCUGCAGAUCUUUGCCUCCCGCCUGUACUUCCACUGGAUCAAGCCGUUUCGGAGGGGGCUGCAGCAGCUGCAGGAAGCUGGGAUCUCAGUGGCUGUCAUGACCCACACAGAGUUUGAAGACUGCUGGGAACAGUUUGUGGACAACCAGCUGAGGCCCUUCCAGCCCUGGGACAAGCUGGAGCAAUACAGUGCUAGCAUAAGGCGAAGGCUCCAAAGGAUCCUGACAGCCCCGGCUUAGAAAAGAUCUUCAGAGGCUUCAGCAUCAGACUCUCAUCCCCUUUUUCAUGAAGAAGUGACUCAAGAUGACAGAUCCUGGGGCAUCUCAAUGCUUCAUGAACUGCUGACUCUCCGGAUCGAGUAACAAGCUCCACGGGCAUGCCUGACCCUCUCCCAA